ACUAUUUUGGGUUCAGAUUUUUUGUAAGAUUGGUCAUGUCCUGAUUUGACUUCUCCGUCGGUUUACGGGAUCUUUUAUCAUGAGCGGUUAUUCUUUAGAAAAGUCACGAUAACAUUCACUCGGUAUGAAAGUGUACCUGCCUGUGCUGUGACUGUAGCUGGUAGGUGUGGGCACCGUUCAAGUCACGAGACCCUAAAACACACCCAGAAACGAUAGGGAGCGAUUCAAUAAUUAACCACACAUUAUUACAUAUACGUACGUUUGUAUGAACUUACAAAGUUAUUCACCGAUAUGAAGGACGCGUUUCUCCUGUUCUUGAUGUCAUUACACGUGAAAGGUGUGUUGCAUGAAAAGACACAAGAACAGAAGACAGCAGAUGUGACUCUAUCAGUGAUGGAGGGAGAAUCUCCGACUCUAAAAUCUGGUAUUAGAGAAAUACAGAGAGAUGAUCUGACAGUUUGGACAUUUGGAGACACUCGCAUAGCUCUGAUGAAUAAAGAACCUGGCAAGAUCUCGUUAUUUGAUGGUGAUGAUGGGAUGUUUAGAAAUAAGCUACAUCUGAACAAUCAGACUGGAGAUCUCACCAUUACAAACAUCACAACUGAACACACUGGAUUUUAUCAACUAGAGAUUAUCAGCAGUGGGGUUUUAUCUAAGAGAUUCACGGUAACUGUUAGUGCUUAUCUGCCUGUUCCCAUCGUCACCAAAGUCUCUACACAAAACUCAUCAUUGAUCUCAAAAUGUGUGUUGUUGUGUUCAGUGAUGAAUGUGACACAUGUGAGUCUCUCCUGGUACAAAGGAAAGAGUUUAUUGUCCAGCAUCAGUGUGUCUGAUCUCAACAUCAGACUCUCUCUACCUCUGGAGGUGGAAUAUCAGGACACAAACACAUACAGAUGUGUCGUCAACAAUCCCAUCACAAACCACACACAACAUCUCAACAUCACUCAUGUCUGUGGCAUCAUUCCUCCAGUACAUGGUCUACACCCAGGUUAUAUAGUACUGAUGUGUGUUAUAGCCACAGCUCUUGCUGUGGUUGGGGUUUACUGUCAGUCAAAGUCUGGAAAAGCGAAACACAACGGCCAUCCUGAUGUACCAAAUGGUCACAUUCAAUUACCUAACUACAGAUGUCAAAUGGAAUAUUUAGUAGGAUUGAUAGAUAUUGAAAGUGACGAUCUUGGUCCAGUUUCUGAGCAAUGCUGUGCGAGAACAUAUUUAUUGAGCAAGCCUAAUGAGGAAGAUGUUCCGCAAAGAUACCCAAAUAAUGAGGAUGAAGUUGAUCUGCAUAGUGAUGCACAGGGGGAAAUAUCUGAACAGGAGAACUGUUCAACAUGCAGUUCAAUUCCUUGGAAAGAAUAUAUGCCAAAUGACGCAGGGACGGAAACGUCUAUAGAAACAGAUUCACAAAGCAAUCGGAUUAAUGAGGAUCAGCAAAAUGAUGAUCGAAACAUUGAGAAUCAGCAAAAUGAUGAUGUCUUUGUCGUGGCUACAGAUGCGAUACGGAAUUUAACUGUCAAAGAAGGACAGUCUGUCACUCUAAGCGCUGAUGUUACAACGAUUGAGGAGGACGAUGUGAUAUUGUGGACGUUUGCUGAAUCUACAGAAUGCAAUCAGACCGUUGAAUUUAAAUCCAUAGCCGGAAGGACGAAAGCAAACGAAUGGGAAUAUCUAUGCGGUUAUGAGAGAUUCAGAGACAGACUCCAGCUAGACAAUCAGACCGGAUCUCUGACCAUCACAAACGUCAGAUGUGUAGAUGCUGGACUUUAUAAACUAUGUAUGCCUAGAAUGAAGACUUGGAAGACAUUUAUUGUUGCUGUUAAAGUAAGUGUGUAUCAUGUAAUCAAAUAUAAAAAUAAACAUUUCUGUAGUAUUCGUGUGUAUAAAUCAGUAGUUCUCAAACUGGGGGCCGUGGCCCCUGGGGGGGCCCCGAGGUGGAUCCAGGGGGCCACAGAUUUUGUGGCAUUUUAUGAAAUAUAGAAAUUGUUCAUAGAUUUUAUGCAAUCAAACAUCAGAAAAAUAAGACCACCAGACAAAAGAAUUGAUGUUUCAGCAUUGUAUAACCGAAUAUGUUUUUGUUUAAAUAAAAAUGUUAAAUUUAAGAUUAUAAGUCUUUAUUUGGGGGGCCGCAAAGCGAUGCACUCUACACAAAGGGGGCCUCACAACGAAAAAGUUUGAGAACCACUGGUAUAAAUCACGGGAUGCGAUUUUUCCUUCUGUCAACUAGUUUAUCAAGUGUCCUGAUUCAUACAGUGGUUCGUUUUUACAAACCGCGGCAAAAAAUAUGCAACGUAACUACAAUAACUACAAUGCUAUUUAAUCAUUUGAUAGAUUCUC